AUGGCCGCACCAGCGUCGCAUUACACCUUUGCCAAUCUCAAGGCCCUGGGGCUUUGUGUCCCGCAGGUCGCCCUCUCUCGUCAGCCUCGACUCCGCCCGCACGUUGGUAAUUUGAAUGGCCUCGUGUACCCGCUGCCGUAUUACGCCAUGUGGCGUGGCAACCACAACAAGUACACGUACAACCAGGCAACACCGGCGCGCUGGGGUGAGGGGAACACGAAUACCAUGUACCACCAGCACUACGCCCACGCCAAGUGCCCCACCGACUACGGCCGCGGCGGUCGAGAGUUUCAGUUCCUCUCCGUGAAGCGCGGCAAGCUCAAGCGGAAGCCGCUGCCGGCGGUGCAGUACGUCAACCCGAACUCGAAGCCACAAUGGGUCUUUAAGUCGUGGCACAACCCGCUCUCGGCGCCGAGCAUGUGGGAGAGGGAGGUCCAGUACCCGGAGCACACGCCGGAGCACACGGGUGCCAAGCGGCCGCUCGCCGUGGUGGCGCCCAAGACCAACCACAAGCACCUCUUCCUCAUGCAUAUGGAGAAGGUAUCCGUGACCGUGUCGCCGCUCCUCUUCGGCUACGGACACACCCUGCAGAAGGCAGCCCUCGACUUCUACCGCCGCGGUCUCAGUGCCCGCUCGCCGUUCCCGAAGGACAAGAUGUUCCUCUACUACUCCAUUGACCACAUAACCCCCAAGAUCGAGGUGACGUGGCUGGAUGGCAGUGUCUACGUGCCGCCGCUGAUCGAGGGCGUCACUGCGCAGGACUUAAUUCAGAUGGUGAUGGAGCAGGCAUGGCUGGCGGCAGACCAGAUGAGCGCUGCGGGCCGUGUGCUAAACCCAAUCGCGAUUGACGACUACAAGUGGGACCAGCUGAUCGCCUUUAAGCAGAAGCGGGCGAAGGUCGCCGAGGCGGCAAAGGGCGGCGCGAAGAAGUGA